AUGUUUAUGAGGAAGUUGAUGGAGGAAGAAUACAAUGAAAUUGUGAGAAAGCGACAGGCAGCUGAUUUCGUUGUUGAUGAUGAUGGCAGCGGCUACGUAGAUCACGGUGCAGACAUCUUCGAUGAUGAAGAGGAUUAUUACGAUGAAGAAGAAGUUGACAAAAAGAGUAAGAAAAAGAAAAAGGACAAGAAAGAUCAAACAACGAAGAAAGGUCUAGACAGUUAUUUUGCACCGGCAACACAUGUUCGAGGAAAAGUGAAAGACGACGCUGAAGUCAAACUUGAAGAUGACGAAGACCUGAAGAGCAUGCUAGCAGGUCUCAAUGACGAAGCUCUGGAGAUGGAUUUCUGCUCGGAACCGUCCCCUACUCCGAGCAAUUCAUCGCGAAAUCCUUUCAAAAGAGAGGCCUCUCCAACAAUUGCCCCACGCAAAGUGAAAGUGAUGAAGCUGGCGACGCCUACACAGCGAAGCGCCCCCAUUCGCCGUCCUCAAGAUGAUCCGCAAAAGUACGUGAAGGCUGAAGUGCAAAUGGAAGAAGACGAUGACUACGGUGCACCAGAUUUCGACGAUUUCGAUGAGCCUGCACCUCCCAAAGCUCCUCCACCAACACCUGCUGUUCCGAACGCCACCACUUCGGCUAAAAAGCACAUCGAAAAGAAGAUUGAAAACGAUGAAGUGAUGGAUCAUCGGGAAGAAAUUAAAGUCCAAGAGAUUAAACCUCACACAAAGAUGGCCCCGCAAAUGAUGACUUCUGCUGACUGGGAAGAUGGUCAAGCGACUUUGGAUGAACCUAGUGUCGACGUUGUAGCCGGUUCCGAAGCAUUCUAUGUGAAGGAGGACGGCCAGCAAAUGAUUAGAAUGUAUUGGUUAGACGCGUAUGAAGAUCCAGGAACAGUCUACCUAUUUGGCCGUGUUAAUGUUAGCGGAAGCAAAUGGGCUAGCUGUUGUGUUACCGUGAAAAAUAUUUUCCGUCAAGUGUUCUUCUUACCAAGAGGGACGAAUACUUUUCCGCGAAGAAGUACAAAUGAGCCUGUGAAUGACGAGGACGUGUUUGAGGAAGUAAAGGCUGUUAUGAAAAGACAUUGUGGCACAUCUUCCUUCAAGUGCAAGCAAACGAAGAAGAGGUUUAUGAAUGACGGAACUAUAGCAGGAGAGUAUUCUGGAGAGGAAAUAAAAGUCAUUGAGGUCCAGUAUGAGGAUGGGUCGACUAGGACAAUUACUGAUGUGGAAGUGACAGCGAAAUUGUCCUAUUGUGACUAUGAGUUCAGCGUGGACAUGGAGCGCAUGCGAAAUCUAACCUUCAACACUUCAAUAUCUCUUCCCGCUCCUCCGGUUCGAAUGCUCAUAUUGAGCAUGAUUACAACGUUGAAUGAGAAGAAGGAGAAUGAGUGGACCUCAUUAACUUCAGUCAUGCACUCGGUAUUAUGCAUGAUAUCAACACUAUACAAUCCGUCGUGCAGUUUGAGUAGUCCGAGCACCGAUCAAAAGGAUCUCCAACGGUUAUGCAUGUUUACGAAACCGUAUGGCAGCGUGCUACCGUUCGAUAUAAAAGAUCAGCUGGCCAGGCGUGGCUUAUCGGACAUUGUGCAGACAGCUGGAAACGAGAAAGCUCUGUUAUCCUUAUUCCUCUCCAAGAUACAAAAGUAUGAGCCGGAUGUCAUCGUGGGACACGACCUUUCGGCUACAGUUGCUUUGCUGGUAUCUCGAAUGGACAAGCUCAAAGUGGCGAACUGGUCGAGAACGAGUCGUUUGAAGCGAACCGUAAAUGUAGGGAAAGUGGCUCAUAACAAGGCAGGCCAAUGGGAACUGACUGCUGGAAGACUGUUGGUGGAUUCGAGGCUUUCUGCUAUGGAACUUGUGCGAUCCCGUAGCUACGACCUCUCUGAGCUUGUCUCGCAGUUACUGGGAGCUCAAAGAGAGAACAUUUAUGCAAAUGAAGUUAGCACCAAGUUCAGUUCUUCGCAACAGCUACUCAACCUUAUUCAAUGGAGUUGGAUGGAUCCGUGGUUCUCCCUGCGAGUAAUUGCACAGCUUAAUGCUCUUCCACUGGCCAUUCAGAUUACAAACAUAGUUGGCGGCGUUGUCUCGCGCACGCUGAUGGGAGGACGAGCAGAGCGGAAUGAGUUUUUGUUAUUGCAUGCUUUCAAUAAAGCCAACUAUAUAGCACCAAAUAAGUACACAUCAAACUUUAGAAGAGGAAAACAAGAGAAAGAACCGGUCGCAGAAGAUGAACCUAACAAUGAAGAACCUGACAAGGAUGAUAAGGAAGGGAAAUCGAAGAAUAAAGCACAGUAUUCCGGUGGUUUGGUGCUGGAACGAAGAGUGAGUUUCUCAAUCUUAAUCGCUGUGAAUUCAAGCCUCUACGACACCCUCAUACUUUACUCGAUUUCAAUUCUUUAUAUCCAAGUAUCAUCCAGGAGUUUAAUAUUUGCUUCACUACUGUCCCUCAUGUCAAGGAUGGCCGAUGAACUGCCUGAAGUCCCAUCAUCGGGCCUACAAGAAGGUAUUUUACCGCGUGAGAUUCGAGGUCUUGUUGAAAGGAGAAGGCAAGUGAAAAAGCUCAUGAAGGAGGAAGCAUUGGAGGCGAAACGAAAGCAGUACGACAUCCGUCAAAUGGCUUUGAAAUUGACUGCGAACAGUAUGUAUGGUUGUCUGGGUUUUCAACAGUCUCGUUUCUAUGCGAAACCUCUUGCAGCACUCAUUACGUCGAAAGGUCGAGAGAUUAAACGCCAAGUUAAUCAGUGCCAUCGUCUGUUGGAACUUGAACUUGAUGGCGUCUUUAAGCGUAUGUUGCUUUUAAAGAAGAAGAAGUAUGCUGCAUUGACCGUGAAUCCGGACAACGAACUCGACACGAAGAAAGAAUUGAAGGGUCUGGAUAUUGUGCGACGAGAUUGGUCCCAAUUGGCAAAGGAGGCUGGAAAAUUCAUGAAUCACUGCACACGGCUUCGAGCUAGGCUGGAUGAAGGAGUUGAUACAAAGCUUUUCGAAAUAAGCAAGCAACUCACUCGCAAUCCGAAGGACUAUCACGAUUUGAAGUCACAGCCCCAUGCUGCGGUGGCAGCGAGGUUAAACGAGACUGGCAAAUUUUCGCUCCGGCAUGGAGACAUCGUUGAAUACAUUAUAUGUGAAGAUGGCACCAACAACUCGGCCAUGCAAAGAGCGUAUCAUAGAACGGAAUUGGAGUCGAAUCCCGAGUUGAAAAUUGGGAUGGACGCGUCGUCAUAUCGUCGCUCGGCGGCUGCUCGUGCAUCAGAUACCGCUGCGGUUGAAGACGAACUGGCAUGGAAUGGCCUAGUCACAUACGACCACUGCGAAUCGCUGUCGUUCGUGUGUCCAGGACCAGGCUGUGAAAACAUCAUCAACAUUAGGAGAGCCGUUGAAAACCAUGUGAGUGCUUCGUGA